GGCGGCGGCGGCGGCGCCUGCGACGCGGGGCCGGGCGGCUGAGAGUUCGCUGGGCCGAGGCCAUGGCUUUCUGGGCGGGGGGCUCGCCCAGCAUCGUGGACUAUUUCCCUAGCGAGGACUUCUACCGCUGCGGCUACUGCAAGAACGAGUCGGGCAGCCGCUCCAAUGAAUUUUUGUAUUUUGGCUAUAAUAUUUAUAAAAUCAGCAUGUGGGCACAUUCCAUGACAGUACAGGAUUAUCAGGAUCUCAUAGACCGAGGAUGGCGAAGAAGUGGAAAAUACGUGUACAAACCUGUCAUGAAUCAAACAUGUUGUCCUCAGUACACAAUAAGGUGCCGACCUUUACAAUUUCAGCCUUCAAAAUCUCACAAGAAGGUUUUGAAAAAAAUGUUGAAAUUUCUGGCUAAAGGGGAGGUUCCCAAAGGAAGUUGUGAGGAUGAGCCCAUGGAUUCCACAAUGGAUGAUGCUGUUGCGGGUGACUUUGCAUUGAUAAAUAAAUUGGAUAUACAGUGUGAUCUUAAAACACUCAGUGAUGACGUCAAAGAGAGUUUAGAGAGUGAAGGAAAAAAUUCAAAGAAAGAAGAACCUCAUGAAUUACUUCAGUCACAAGAUUUCGUAGGAGAGAAGUUGGGCUCUGGUGAACCAUCACAUUCAGUUAAAGUUCACACAGUUCCUAAGCCAGGCAAAGGGGCUGAUUUGAGUAAGCCUCCAUGUCGAAAAGCAAAGGAAAUCCGGAAAGAAAGGAAAAGGUUAAAACUAAUGGAGCAGAACCCAGCUGGAGAACUUGAGGGUUUCCAGGCUCAAGGUCACCCACCAUCUUUGUUUCCACCAAAGGCUAAAUCCAACCAGCCCAAAUCACUCGAAGAUUUAAUUUUUGAAUCUUUACCAGAGAAUGCUUCACACAAGUUAGAGGUGAGGUUAGUACCUGUCUCCUUUGAGGACCCAGAGUUCAAGUCGUCUUUCAGCCAGUCCUUUUCUUUGUAUGUCAAGUAUCAAGUGGCCAUACACCAGGAUCCACCCGAUGAAUGUGGGAAGACUGAGUUCACAAGAUUCCUUUGCAGUUCACCCUUGGAGGCAGAGACUCCCCCUAAUGGGCCAGAUUGUGGCUAUGGCUCCUUUCACCAGCAGUACUGGCUUGAUGGAAAGAUCAUUGCUGUGGGGGUGAUUGACAUCCUCCCAAACUGUGUAUCAUCUGUGUAUUUGUACUAUGAUCCUGAUUAUUCGUUUUUAUCUUUGGGUGUCUACUCUGCACUACGAGAAAUUGCUUUUACUAGGCAGCUUCAUGAGAAAAGUUCUCAACUCAGCUAUUACUAUAUGGGUUUCUACAUUCAUUCGUGUCCCAAGAUGAAAUAUAAGGGUCAGUAUAGACCUUCCGAUUUGCUGUGCCCUGAGACAUAUGUUUGGGUACCCAUUGAGCAAUGCCUGCCUUCACUUGAAAACUCCAAGUACUGCCGUUUCAACCAGGACCCAGAAGCAGUGGAUGAAGAUCGCAGUACAGAACCUGAUCGAUUGCAGGUGUUUCACAAGAGAGCCAUCAUGCCUUACGGUAUUUAUAAGAAACAGCAGAAAGACCCAAGUGAGGAGGCCGCUGUUCUGCAGUAUGCCAGCCUGGUGGGGCAGAAGUGCUCCGAGCGGAUGCUGCUGUUCAGAAACUGACCUGUUCGCCUCUGCUGGGGGGUUCCUGUGUUGUGCUGAUAAUUUGUGCCAGGAUACAUAUUCGGUACCUGUGGGGAAAUAACUGUCACCACCCACAAAUUAGACAUUUUUUAUUUUGACUAUCUGUGGCUUUUAAAAAAUAUUUUGUGGCAAUGUAUCUGUGAGAAUCUCAUAGUUAAUAUAAAGAUUUUAAAACUGCGUUAUGACCUAGCCCCCAUAAUUGGGGUUUGUCAUUUUGGAGGAUUCUUUCUAGGGCAAGAUAUGCUCAAAUUCUCCUGUUUUUAUUUUGUAAAAUGAAGAAGUGAACCUAAGUAACUUAAUCACAGUCGUGCAUUUUUUUUUGGUUCUGUUAGAGAAAUUAAAACAGACUGUUUCCUCAGGCCCAUUUUAAACUGAACUUGUGCUAGGAAACCUUAAGUAUGGGGAAGGUAGAAAGUUCGUUUCAUCACUUAGAAAAUAUGUCUUCUCAAGAACAAAACUGUGCUGUUACUCAGUGUUCAAUAUGAAAUUGCUGCCAAAUGUUGUGUAGUUUAAUAGAGAACUUGAAAAAAUAAAACAUUAAAAUGGCUCUUGUGUUAGCUAGCAUCAGGUAUCCAUUUGUUCAGGACAGUCCUAUUCAUGUCUGUUGUCUUGGCAUAGUUUUUUCCCCUAGAAUAUAGUACUCCCUUUUACUCUAAAAAAUAUCCCAGUUUGGACAAUAAAAUAAUUACUCUAGUUAUAUUAUUUGCUUUAUUUCUAAAAAUGUAAGAAGUUGAAUUUUUUUAAAGAAAAAUGUUGGUUCCUGCCUUGAUCUAAGCCUUAUCCAAAGGAAAUAAAUAGUCACUAGUUUUUUAUCUUACAACUCAGGACAUUCGUCUUUGGUUAUUAAUGGAAAUUGGUAUGUGAUUACUUUCAUAGUGAUGCCACAAAUCACAUUUAAGAAGGAAUCAUUCUGACCUCUGUUCCAGGACAAGAGCUAGAACAAUCCAUUUCUUGUCCUUUGAUUUAAGAGUCAGAGUCAGGGUGGCUUCUGCCACCCUUAGUAACUCAGAGUAGAGGCCAGCCCCCUCCUUCCCUCUUACUUUCUUUUGCUGAGUCCUUUGCCCACCUGUCAAGGUGGCAGGCACUGUGCUGGGUACAGGAGGACAGUCAGACAUGUCCCUUCUUAGCUAUAGUCAAGCUGUCUGGGAAACAGGAUGAAAAACAGAGGAGGGUUAUUUUCUUGUGCCCUCUUUGUCAGCUGAUCCCCUCUUCUGCUACCAGCUGUUUGGCCAGCAAGCCGUUUUUAGUCCCCACUUUGCCCAUUUUUCUGUUUUGGUUCAUCGUUUCUUAAAAGCCAUGUUAUAAAAUGUGGUAGUUUGAAUCCUGUUGCUAAUUUUAAACUUUUCUCUAAAAUGUACUGAAUUUUGACAAAAAUUUGAAAAUACCCUCAGCUAACUAGAAUAAAAAGGAUCAUAAAACAAUGAUUUUAAAAAUGAAAUCUCUAGAAACUCAACAUCCAAGUCAGCCAUAUUUCCUCACUCAGAGUGUGUGUGUCACACCUGCCAAGGUGCUGAGUACUCUGCUAACCGAGCUAGAGUAGUGAGCAAAGCCAUUUUCUCUGAUCACAAGAUUUUACAUUUUUCUGGGAUUUUGACCUGCAAAAUAGUCUCGUAAGAGCAUUUGAGAGACUUACUUGGAACUGCCUUCAGAAUCUAUAGAGCCUUUUUUCUUUUUCCUCUAAAAUGAAAACAGCUUCAUUUUAUGAUUAUAACAAAAGUGAUACUGUAAGCAGUUAGAACAUUAAGAAGAAGUAUAAAUAAAAAGUAAAAAUCAUCUAAAACCCUACCAUGCUCAGAAGAAAAGACCUGUCAUGUAUGUAUACACACAUACCUAUGUAAUUUUAAUAUAAAUAGAAUUAUGUUCUACAUGCUGUUUUAUUUCCUCAACAGUAAAUUAUGGACAUGUCUGAAAUUUGAAAUAAAUUUCAAAAUAAGGCUUCAGAAAGUGUAGUAAGUAAUCUCUGCAUUAUUAAAAAUAAGCAGGGUAGGGCUGGUACUUGGCUCCCUUAGCAUUUGAAUGUCGAGCUUGAUGUUAUCACUGCAUCUUCCCUCCUUUUGUCUUUGUGAUUAGCAUGUAAAAUGGUAUUCAUAAAUAUCACAACCCUUGAAUAUCAAAUGAAGAGAAAACUUGACUCCAACAUCUUACCACAACUCUGGUUUCUUCUUGCAGAAUUCAUUUUCACAGGAAAAUGAUGAAUCAUCCCUGUCUGUGAACCACUGUGCUUUCCCUGAGGGUGGCAUUGUAGGUUGACGCCAGCAAAGCCUCAGAGUGACUUGAGUAUUGGAGAUCCUUCUACUUGGCUGCUGUUUUCAUGCAUUAUGUUUGUUUGAGAAUAGAUAGUGUAUUGAUUCGAGUAGUCAAAGUGUCUUAAAAGGACACCUAUUUGUCCUUUUGAGCCCCAGCUGAGUGAAUAUUGAUAGUGGGCUAGGAAAGCAUAGUCAAGAAAAGUGACCCACCUUGUUACUUGACCAGCAGUCUAGCUGACAGAUCUGAUUUUAUGUUCGUGGCUUUCCAUAAAGAAAGACGCAAGGACUUUUCAAAGACAGUUUAUAUCUUUCCAAGGCAGGAAGCUUUGCAUUUGCAAUCUUAGUGUUGCAUCCCCUUCUGAUUUCAAAUACAUCACACCUGCCUUCCUGUUUUGGGAGCAAAGGUGUAAUUUUGAUUCCCCGUGCUACCAUCCUUAUUUAAAUUAUUUCCAUUCUAAGAGAUUUUUGUUAUUUUUUUAAAAUGUAAUCUGAGCACUUUUUUUUGUAUUCGAAAAGAUAGACGCUAUCAGAUAACUAUAUUGUUCAUUUGAUUAAAAUUAUUUAGAUAAAUAUUACUAUGUUGACUUUUAAAUAGCUUUAUCCUAUUUUUCAUUCAUUUUGCAAAUAUUUGUUGUGUGUAGUUUCUUAACAUGUCAGAAUCUAUUAUGUAAAAGAACCUUUUCAGAUUUCUGAACAGUAUAUGCUUUGAUUUUAUAGGCUUUAUAUUAUUUCAGAAUGAAUAAAGAUAAGGAAUAUGAUGAACAGUUAACUAAAAUGUAUCUGUUGUUGCUAACUUGAAAGAAAUGAAGUAGAAACAGUUGGAAAAUGUUUGAAUUAGAAGUUAUUCAAGUGCACAUUCUUUCUAAAAGAAAACCAAUGACUAUAAGGCAAAACAAGUUUGAUUGCAUGUGGUAUUUUUUGCUCUUGUAUAUGCUUUUUGAACAAGCUAUUUGAUAAAGCUUGAAUGGAAAAAAUAAAGCUGUUUCUAUCUGCA